CCUCAAAGAGGCCCACAUGACACUUUCGUCCAUUUCGGCUCAGUGCAAACGUUUCCUCACCAGCGCGCCAUGGAGUGAGUUGGAAGGACUCGUUUAUCACUUGGACCCUGCGCCCUCGCAGCCUUGCGGACGACUUGACGCGAACUCCUGUCCCCCACGAUCUCGGACAGACGUUGCUUGCCCGGUGGCGUCUGGCCGCACUGUUUCCUCUCUGGAGCGCCGUCCUCGGCCGAGCUGGCCACGCGUGUGACGCCAUGAGCCGUACGUACGGCCCCGAGUAUUUGGUCAAGGACCCGAUAGCAACGAGCCAUCAGAACAAUGGAGCUGGGUUUACCGCGGCUGAUACUCCUUGGAUGGCCACAUUCUACCAGUGCACCCUGCCGAGCACCAACCGGCCCAUGCGCCGGCACUCGCCGCACAAACGGCCAGAGGCUGCUGCAGAGCCCUCGGGGGCCAAGGCCGGCGAGGCGCCGGUGAAGUCGGGGUGGGCCGCGUUCAGGGAGCGGCAGCGACAGGCGACGGCCGCGCCCGUGCGCGCAGAGGCGACGGCGGCCGGGGGCGGUGAGGCGCCGCCAGAGCGGCGCUGGACGGGGGCCCGGGAGCACCGCGCAGCCGAGGAGCGAGCCGCCGCGGCGAGCCGGCGACCCGCCGCUGCGGAGGAGCGCGCCGCGGCGUCGAGCCGGCCGCCGGCCGCGGCAUUUCCCGCUGGCGAGCUCGAAGAGGGCGACGAGCCCGUGCCCAUCUCGCAGGCGGAGGCGAUGGAGCAGGCGCGCGAGGCGGCGCGCGAGGCGCGCGAGGCGCGCGAGGCGCGCGCGCAG